AUGACACCGCAAAACGACGAUUCGACUAACCCAGGCUCGACUACAAGAAUGGACCAGCUGGAAUCCAUGUUCAAAAAGGCACUUGCAAACCUCGCCGUCAUAAAAAUGGAUUCUGGCGCUUCGGACAAAAUGCCAGAAAAUGCGACCAACGAUGCAAGCCCGCAAACCUCCAGCCGAUUAUUCAUCGCCGACCGUCAAACAAAAGUUCGGUUCCUCAUCGACACCGGAGCUGACUUGUGCGUCUUCCCACACACAAAACUGCCAAAACCGCGAGCAAAGUCCAACUACGAACUUUCCGCGGCAAAUAGCACAACCAUCGCUACAUACGGGACGACCACGCUUUCGCUGGACUUGGGGCUACGAAGACAAUUCACCUGGAGAUUCGUUGUAGCGGAUCUUUCCAAGCCCAUUAUUGAUGCCGACUUCCUCGCCCAUUACGGACUCCUGGUGGACAUCAGAAAUCACCGGCUCUUGGACCAAGUCACUCAUCUCACCUCCCGUGGAGAGGUGGUCAAGUGUGAGUCCCACACAAUCAAGGAGGACCCGGGUGGGUUAGGUAGCUUCGUGCUUGCCCGCUACACCCUGGGUCUCGCUAACCACGCUACAAAACACCACAUCGCAACCACUCCUGGACCGCCGCUCGCCCAAAAACCACGGCGACUUGCACCCAACAAGCUUCGCGCCGCCAAGAAAGAAUUCUAA